AUGGGAUCGAUAUCAUUUGGGAACGGAAAUGAGGGCGCUCAGUUUGGCAACCUUUACGGACCAGUCCAUAUCCAAUACGGCCGACAGGGAACCCAACAGCAGAGUACAGACAGCGGGGUGCUCAGGUCACUUGCUUUCCCACAGAUGCUAGAUCGAAGAGACAAUAUCAAGCCAUGCCAUACCAAUACCUGCCAGUGGAUUCUGGAUUUGGAUUCUUUCAAGAACUGGAAGAGCCAGUCUCGCGGCCUACUCUGGAUUAAAGGCAAACCCGGUGCGGGCAAAUCGACAUUAAUGGCAUUCCUACAUAACAAACUCGAGGAAUGGCACGACGGGAAUCAGGGCAUACGGCUCGACUUUUUCUUUAGCGCUCGAGGCACUGAGCUACAACGCACACCCCUCGGAAUGCUCCGAUCGCUGCUCAACCAAAUAUUCUACCACGAUGAGACCGUGCGCCCUCGGGUCCGCGAAAUAUACGAGGAACGAUGCAGACGGUAUGGAUAUGGUGAAAAUAACUGGCAAUGGACACAGGUUAGGCUAGAGCAGCUAUUGGCAGAUACAAUCCUGAUAUCGGCCAAACGGCAGCAAGUUAUGAUUUUUGUGGACGCUCUCGAUGAGGCUGGGGCCGAGUCGGCCCAAUAUCUGGCAGGAUAUUUUCAUCGGAUUCUCGUCCGCGCAGAAGAAAUGGAAGCAGCCGUUCAAAUCUGUAUCUCAUGUCGACAUUAUCCAAUCAUGGAAGACGUCCGGGCUGCUGAGAUACGUGCUGAAGACCAUAACUCUGAUGAUAUCGCUAUUUAUAUUAAGGACGCCCUUACUGGCAUGGCGGUCGGAGAGAGUCUUAGUCAGGCGAAAAAGGAAGCCUUGGUAGAGCACUUGCUCCACCAAGCCAAGGGGGUGUUCCAAUGGAUCUAUCUCCUAAUGCCCCUCAUUAAGCGGAGGAUUAAUGAAAGGGAAUCGUUUGACCCUUAUUCCUGGCUGUGUGAGGUUCCGGCUGACCUUGAAGAGGUGUAUGUGUACAUUCUCAACAAUGUGAUACUAAAAAGGAAUCGCGUGCAGUCAUUCCUGCUGUUCCAGUGGGUGUGUUUAGCUGAACGACCCCUGACUGUGACGGAAAUGCGGUAUGCCCUUGCGGCCGAGAAUGCCCAGAUAUCGCCAUCCCCCAAAGUAUGGGAGAAUACUGUCGGUUUUGUCGAAAGCGACGACCAUAUGAAGCAAAGAAUCAAUGUUCUUUCUGGUGGACUUGCAGAGCUAGUCUUAAACGCGGAUGACGCUGAGACUAUACAGGUGGUGCAUCAGUCUGUCAACGACUUUUUUCGCACUAAAGGACUUGGGCUUAUGUCUUAUCAAAUUGGUACCAUCUCAUCAGUCAUGGAAAGCGAAAAGAUUCUAUUUCAAUGCCAAGCAUAUCUCUACCGAUCAUGCCUGGUUUUUCUAACCACUGUGUCCAAUAAUGCUUCAACAACAAAAAGUGACAUCGUCCAGGAUCUCCCAUUCCUCGCCUAUGCCACCAUCAACCUCUUCAUCCAUGCGGAAAAGGCUGCCAGCUCUCGGUCGGGCGCCUUAAAGAAUGAAAAGGACGUUUUGCAGCAAGUGAUUGGCCCUUGGGUCCAGAUUUACCGUAUUCUAUAUCAGUACAACACCGAAUGUCCUACAGACGGCACAACUCUCCUGCACGUGGCUGCAGCUUUUGACCUGAUUGAUGUCAUAGAGUUUGUGUUGGAGAGAAACUAUGAUGUCGCGAUAAAAGACAAUAGCGGGAACACGGCUCUCCAUCUAGCAGCACGACGGGGCCAUACAACAGCAGGCAAAAUCCUCCGGGAAAGAGGCGCAGACUGCGACGCAAAAAAUGAAGCUGGGAUAACACCAUUGAUUGAGGCGGCUAGUCGUGAGCAUCUGAAAUUUAUCGAGUGGCUCCUGCACGAGGGGGUUAUGGUUGGAGUAUGUGCUAUGAGAGGAGACGCAUUGCAGGCCGCUGCCCUGAGAGGAUACGCUGAGGUAGUGCGAAUACUACUCGAUGCUCACGCCGAUGUCAAUGCCCAGGGUGGUAAAUAUGGUAAUGCCCUACAGGCCGCCGCCUAUAGAGGAAGCACUGAGGUAGUGUGGAUGCUACUCGACGCCCACGCCGAUGUCAAUGCCCAGGGUGGUUACUUUGGCAAUGCCCUACAGGCCGCGGCCCUUGGAGAAAGCACUAAGGUAGUGCGAAUACUGAUCGAUGCUCACGCCGAUGUCAAUGCCCAGGGUGGUCAAUUUGGCAAUGCCCUACAGGCCGCCGCCUAUGGAGAAAGCAGUGAGGUAGGUGGUCAAUUUGGCAAUGCCCUACAGGCCGCCGCCUAUAGAGGAAACACUGAGGUAGUGCGAAUGCUGCUCGAUGCUCACGCCGAUGUCAAUGCCCAGGGUGGUGAAUAUGGAUCACCGCUCCAUGCGGCUCUUCAGAUGGGUCAUUCUGAUCACAUUGACAUUCUACUUAUCGCGGGCGCAGAUCCGCUUCUUCCAGAUGAGCUCGGCCAGACUUCGCUUCAUAUUGCGGCCUCAGAAAAUAUGAUGCCCAUCCUCCCUAGCUCUCCGCGUCUCGCCUUGGCUAUUAACGAGCGGAAUAAGCUAUUACGAACCCCUCUCCAUGUCGCCAUCCACCAAGGGAAUAUAACGUCUGCUGACGCACUCAUCGACCUCGGUGCAGAUCCUUUUAUUCUGGACGGUUAUGGGAGAAAUGUCGUGGACUGGGUACAAGAAGUACAAGAACACCAAAUCCUGAUGCACAAAAUUCAAAACCAUUGCCCUCAGACUCGCUCGACGCCGAACGAGAUUCAGCACUCCACUAUUCGUCAAUCAGUCCUUCUCAUGACAGACAUGCUUCUUCGUUCCAUGCCGAACUUCCAAUGGCCUCUUGUGCAGCAAUUAGGUCGCUAUCUCUUGUUUCUCGAUGAUGAAGACAACGCGAACUAUCUAUUUCAGCUUCAUUUGUCUCAGGACACGUGUCCGAGCGAUUAG